GGCAGCACAUUUUGAUUUAACUUCAAUUGUUUCUUCCACCUCCAUUCCUACUACGAAGCCAUAUAUGGAUAAAGACUCCACGGUCAAUCAUACAAGAAUCUAGGUCAAUCCGCCGACAAGGUGCACGAGAAUUGGAUCCCUCCACAGCCUUGUCGACGUGAAGAGGCUACCGCUGGCAUCAUGGCCAGAUCCGCUCUUACCAAAAUCUUUCUUCGACCUCGAAAUGUGAAGGCACUUUACACUAGAAUUCAGCCUCAUAGGCAAUGGCAGCGCACGGCAUCACACAGAUCUCCAGGAGUGAUAGACCGAAUCAAAGUCCUUAAUCGUCCUUCAGAAACUACCGAAGCAGUUUUGCUGACUGGAUUAAUAUUACUGACAGGAGCCGUGAUCUUUUACUUCGAGGAGGACAUUUUUCCUCAACUAAAGACUCGGUCCACAGCACCAUUGCAAUCCUACUGGCUACCACCAUAUCGCCUCUCGGAAAACAACAUCGAAUGUGCCAAGGUGGAUUUCAUUGACCUUCUGGGCAAUGACGGCGUGGACGAGGAUCUUGGCUCGCGAAUAGCACGAUCGAGCACCGAGUGGUCUCCAGCACCACGAGGCGAUCUCGACAGGCCUUGCCUGAUCGUCUACCCACGAUCAACCGAGGAUGUAAGCGCUAUAAUGAAAGUAUGUCAUCGACGGAAGCUUCCCAUCAUCGCGUUCGGUGGCGGUACGAGCCUCGAAGGCACCCUUGCUGCCAUUCACGGCGAAGUCUGCAUCGACUUCCGACGCAUGAAUAAGGUCGUCCAACUCCACGAAAAUGAUAUGGAUGUUGUGGUGCAGCCGGGCAUCGGCUACGUCGAUUUGAACCAGAUGCUGAGUAAAUCUGGGUUAUUCUUCCCACCAGAUCCCGGACCAGGUGCACAAAUCGGGGGUAUGAUCUCGCAGGGCUGCUCCGGGACAUCGGCAUACCGCUAUGGCACGGUGAAAGAUUGGGUGCUGGGUCUGACUGUCGUCCUGGCUGACGGCACGGUCAUCAAGACCAGACGGAGACCAAAGAAGUCGUCCGCAGGGUACGACCUGACGCGAUUGUUCGUGGGAUCUGAAGGAACUCUAGGCCUGGUCACUGAGGCAACUUUGAAAUUGACGAACAAGCCCGAGAACGUUAGGGUCGCAGUCGCUGCAUUCCCGACCACUGCUCAAGCUGUUGAGGCCGCUGUCAAGAUCGUUCGCAAAGGUCUCCCAUUGGGCGCAAUCGAAUUACUCGAUGGGCCAUCGAUGGGCGCCAUCAACAACUCGGGGUACUGCACGAAAGAGUUGAGCGAGACGCCCUCACUUUUCCUCAAAUUCUCCGGAAGCGAAUCUACAGUUCGUGAACAAGUGAAGCAAGUCUAUUCACUCGCCAAGGAAACGAAAUGUCUGAGUUUCCAAUUUGGCAAGAACGAAGAAGAGUCGGACGCAUUAUGGCAGGCAAGGAAGACGAUGCUGUGGAGCUUAAUGACACUCAAACGACACCCAGAUGACACGUUUUUAGGAACGGAUCUCGCAGUGCCAAUGUCCAGAUUGGCGGAUAUCAUCGACAUCACGAACCAGAAGCUGAAGGAGAGUGGGCUCGUUGGAUCUUGCUGUGGUCAUGUCGGCGACGGAAACUUCCAUUCCGCCAUAUUCUACAGCGCGGCCGAAAAGGAAAAGGCCGAAAAGUUAGUCCUUGAAGUCGAGCAACUCGCCAUCGAAAUGGACGGCACGAUCACAGGUGAACAUGGCAUCGGACUCGAGAAGCGAGACCGUCUCAUUGACGAGCUCGGCGUUGAGAGCAUCGACACGAUGCGUCAGAUCAAAUUGGCACUGGAUCCAUUAGGCCUACUUAACCCUGAGAAAGUCGUUCGCCUUACCCCUGAAACACGCUUCUCGCCCAUGGAAUGGGUCAAAAAGACUUUUCUUCCAGACUCGCCGCCGGCAGCGUCCGAGCAAUCCUCUACGCCUUAGAGCCAUUCAAGAGUCCCUCCGUCUCCGAAAUCCUGAACACAUACUUUGUGGCACUGACCUUGCCCUCCUUCAAAUUUCUUAGACCUUCUUCAAUGCCAUUCAACCCACCCUGA